AUGGCACCCAGUUUCUUUAGCGGAACGGGCACUUCCAGCCAUGCGAAAUACUUCGAUAUCAGACUGGACGAGCCGUAUAUCGUAUUUCGGGGCAAUGAAGAAGAGUCCGCGAGCGCCCAUCUCAAAGGCACUCUGGUUCUCUGCCUCUCAGAGCCAAUGACUAUCAAACACCUCAGGCUGCACUUGACAGGCAUGUCGAGGAUAAGCUGGCCGUUCCUCAUUGGCGCCGUGCCUGGCACAAAAAAGCACGGCAAGGAACGAACAUUCUUCGAGAAGACAUGGAAGUUUAGAGAUGCGGGCAAGGGAAAGACUGAGAUCAUGCCCGCAGACAACUACGAGUUCCCUUUUGAUACUGUUCUGCCAGGCUCGCUGCCAGAGAGCAUCGAAGGUCUGCCGGAUACAUGGAUUAUCUACCGCUUCAAGGCUGAGAUCGGACGGAAGUACACCAAGGACAUCCAGAUUAGGAAGCCUUUACGGAUUAUACGAACGCUGGGGCCAAGUGCUCUCGAACUAUCACAUGUUAUGUCCGUUGAAAACAUCUGGCCGAACAAGUUGGAAUACUCUAUUUCCACCCCUAGCAAGGCUGUCGUCUUUGGAACAUCUAUCCGUAUCGAUUUCCGCCUCAUCCCCCUGCUAAAAGGCCUCAAGAUUGGGAUGAUUACUACCCAGUUCAUUGAGAGCUACGAUGUGAUGAGCUGCCGUGACGAUUCGCAAUUGCAACCGACCUCACAGAAGUCCAUCAGAGUAGUGGUAGCAGACCACUUCCGUCUCGGGCCUGAAGAAGAGCGCCGCUUUCUCGAGGAAGAGGAAGAGGGCUAUCAGUUUUCGCGGGUUCUUGAACUGCCCAAGAAGCUCAGCAAAUGCAUACAGGAUACAGACACCACAGGCAUCAAGAUACGACAUAAGCUGAAGUUCAAGAUCCAGCUACACAACCCGGACGGACAUACAUCAGAGUUACGAGCUACGCUACCAGCGUUCAUCUUCCUGUCGCCUAGCCUACCACUGGAUGACAACAACAACCUCGUUAGUCAGUUACCGACUUCGCCACAGGUAGCUGAAUUCUGCAUAGCCCAGCAGGCACCCCCUUUGUAUGGGGAGCACCAAUUCGAUAUGCUAUAUAGUGAACUCGACCCUCACGGCUACCGAACUCCCGGAGUACACAGCGGAAUUGCGACCCCGCUGUACGGUUCGAUCAGCCGAAACUUAUCAGCCGAAAACCUGUCCUCUCUGGAUACUCUACACGCUGGAGGAGAUGUUGCAGCCAGUAUACUGCACAGCCGUUUGGUCAACCUGCACAUCGACAGCUCGUCCCUCCGCUCUCCAGUGACACCACCCGAACUCCUCUCGCCUGAUGCUCAUGAUAACCGUCGUUCAAUGACAUUCCCGGCCACGACAUUUACCGCUGCUACAACACCGGAUAUAUCCCGACGCACUUCCGAAGAUGAACAUCUUUCAUCGGGGCUGAGAUCACCAUAUUUCCUUCGACCCAACGACGUUGAAGAUCUCUCCAGAGUACCUAGUUAUUCAACUGCUGUGCGAUCUUGUGCCAUGUCCGCCAACAACAACGGCCUUCCAAACUACGAAACGGCUACCGCAGGCGAUGUCUCGCCGGUCAGUGAGCUGCCGCCUUCACCUCCAAGGAACACAGCUAGUGCACUUAACCGGCUGUCCUCCACUUUUGUAGACGCCCUCCCUCAGUUUUCCAUCCACCGGCACAGUGUGGGCCACGACCACGACUCGGAACGACGAGUACGCAUUCUCCAGGCUCGAUCAACCUGA